CUUUGCUGAUACGGGAAUUAUUACUCUUGUGAGCUUCAUCUCGCCAUACCGCAAGGAUCGCGAUCGCGUGCGGUCACGCGUGCCCCCCGGCAAGUUUGUGGAGGUUUACAUGAAGGUACCUAUCAACAUCUGCGAGGAGCGCGAUCCUAAGGGGCUCUAUAAGAAGGCCCGUGCAGGCAAGCUGAAGGGCUUCACAGGCAUUGAUGAUCCGUACGAGGAGCCUUCAAACCCGGAGGUGGUCCUUGAGGCAGAGACCGCUGAUGGCAAGCGCAUUUCCCCCCAAGAGCAGGCGAAGACGCUGCUCGAGUACCUCCGAGGCAAAGGUUACCUGGAGGGUCCGAAGCAGUGAGCGAUAAGAUGGAUGCCUCUCGGGUUGUCAACCGUUUAUAAUGCAGGCCCAUGCAUUCAUUGUGAACGCUUGGUGACUUCUUUCCCCCUUAGAUUUAUGAUGCAAUGAUAUGCAAGGGCCAGUUCCGUGCUCGAACUACCGAGGACCUGACGUUUGGUGCUGACAUAGCGUUAAAGGUCGUUGAUUGGCCUUUAGGACUGGAGGAGUGAUCGCCAGUAUGAAAUUUCCGGGGGAAAGACCCUGAACCUGUGACUGUGCGAGUAUAUGUGCAGCCGACUAAUUAAGGUUGUGCUGACUGGCGCUGUGAGACGCAACGGCAGGAUGUGGCAGCUUAACAUAGGGCGGCGAUUUACAGAUUGCCCUUAGCUCCGGGGACUUUAAAAUCAUUUCCCCGCCAGGUGCACACUGUUACCAUCAUGUUUGUCCGGGCUGUGGGAGAGGUAUUAUAGAACACUGCUCUUCUCAUGAAAUGGUUGACAGCUUGUCGUGCUGUGCUUGCGCGGAAUAGAUUUCAAUCCGAACUAUUGACUCAUUCCCCUAGAUUCAGCCUUGUCGUGAGGCAUAGAUGUAGCCCUGGAAUGCGAGUCCUGCUAUAUGAGCAUAUCGUAUAGCGUGAUUCAGCCUCGUCGCAAAGGCGCGCUGAGAAGGAUAAAUUAUAUGUAAUGUACAUGAAAGGAAUGACAAGACUGCUUGCGGACAUGACAUGACAUGACAUGAGGGGGCGUUGCUGCUGCUUUGGCUACGGUAUCGUACGACGGAUGAGACGCAAACGAUUCCAUCUUGUGCAAGCAUUCAAUCGGAUGGCAGCUUUGAGACUUCCACAUAGUGGCACUUACGUCUUCCAGCCUACUUGAUAGUUUCUGGCAGAGCUCUGCUUGCUUUGGCUUGCCUUCGUGAUCGCAUUGGCAGACGCGCAGUAAUCGGCAUCGGAUCAGAAGAACGAUGGCAUUCAGCAGUAUGAGAUCUACCAUGCGUUGUGGAGCGAGACCCUGCCUUCGCACGCCGGCGAAGGCCGCCCGGCGUACCACAACCAUUGUGGCCAGCUCCGUUUCGGAGCUCAACACGAAGUACGGCAUUCCGGGCAGUGUGGAGUUUAAGGAGGGCAAGAGCGGCUCGCCAGUAGUGGUGCUGAAGCACGCCUGUGGUUCCACUGCGGAGAUGUACCUUUUCGGAGCGUGCGUCACUUCUUGGAAGCAGCCCAGCGGUGAUGAGAUUCUGUACGUGCGGCCAGACGCCGUCUUCGACAAGUCCAAGCCCAUCUCGGGCGGGGUCCCACACUGCUUUCCGCAGUUCGGUCCCGGGCCCAUGCAGCAGCACGGCUUCGCCCGCAACCUGGACUGGGGCGUGUCUGCCACCUCAGCAGACCCCAACCCUGACGACAAGGACCCCGCUGUUGAGGUUGUCCUGACCGAGUCGGAAUACACGCUCAAGAUGUGGCCGUACAAGUUCAAGGCGGUGUACUCCGUGUCGCUGCACGGGGAGCAGCUUAACUGCCAGCUGCGGGUCAUCAACACGGACGACAAGCCGUUCGACUUCACCGCAGCGCUGCACACGUACAUUGAGGUGUUGGCUAUUGAGAAGGCCAAGGUGACGGGUCUCAAAGGCCUGACCUACCUGUGCAAGGCCAAGGACCCCAAGAACCCGGAGACUAAGACUGAGGACCGCGACGAGAUCACCUUCACGGGCUACACAGACUCGGUGUACCUCAACUCCCCCUCGCAUGUGGAGCUGGAGGUGGGCACUGGGGCUGCUGUGGCGCUGGAUUCCUCGGGCUGGGAGGACACCGUUGUGUGGAACCCCUUCACCACCAUGAAGGAUUGCUACCAGAGCUUCUGCUGUGUGGAGAAUGCCAAGUUCGGCAAGCCCGCUGUGGUAGCCCCCGGGGAGAGCUGGUCGGCAACCGUCACCAUGUCUGUUGUUGAUGUCACUCAGUAAGGCCGCCGAAUGAUGAGAGAGGAUGAGAGGACUGGGAGCUGGCCCCCGGGGGGUCCCGCCCUCAUGCACCAAGGUACUCCUUCGGCGUCCUAAGCCCCUCCUUUUGACUGCUUGUGUUGCAAUUCAAGAGAGGAUCAGCCGUGAGUGCAGUGCAUGGCGGCUGAGGCGCUUUGUUUUUUGGGGUUCUUAGGCGCAGCCUAGUGAGGACGACGAGUUUUUCAUUAUUGUUUUCGUCGUUUCCCCCGAGUAGUGCUUCCGGCUGGAAAUACGCCGUCGGCUUCUCGCAUAUGCUUUAUUGGGGUGCAUGCCGGUCUGGACGGCGGGAGAGGUCAUCGCUGCAGGACUGAUCAGCGCAAGCCAAGUGUAAUCCAUCUUCGCCU